UUAGCGUGGGGAAAUGACAACAAUGCAGAAGAAGUUGAAGGUAUUCAGACGUGUACUGUAGCUCAACGGUGUCACGGCAAACCAUCGACACGUGGAGAACCAGCCCACAUUUACUGGAGUACAUCCAAAGCUGUGGGAGGUGUAAUUGCCACUUUCUGCAGUGGAAAUAGCACAUUUGGAACAUCUGGAUGGUGGUCCACAUAUGGAGGGCAGCAGGUGUGUGCUGAUGAUUUUACAGAACUACAAAAGGAGAUCCCUCUUCUAGCCACUCCCUCUGAAGUCGGUACUUGCUGCUACGAAGCAGGAGGUCCGAGCCACCUCAGAAGGCCUCUGGUGUGAGGUUGGUCCAUGGGGAGCCAAGAGAUGAAGACAUGUUUUGUGUUUGUGGCAGCACUGCUGUUCCCCACCGUCCAAGCAUUGUGUCCGGACAAAGAGCCAGGACUAAAGCCAUGGAUGCCUGGACAUAGUGAGCAUCAUCGUGUCGUCAUUGGUUACGGGAGGAAGGUCCUCCUCACCACUUCUGCUACCGUACACUCCAUUGAGAUCCAAAAUGGAGGAAAGCUGGUGAUUGCUGACACCAACCGGCCCAUUCUUCUUCGAGCAAAACACAUUCUUAUUGGGAACAAAGGGGAAUUGCACAUCGGAAGUCCAGAUUGUCCUUACAAGGGCAACCUCACCAUUUCUCUGUUUGGAAGGUCAGAUGACAGUGAUCAGGAGCACAGCUACUUUGGCCGCAAGUACAUUGGCGUGGGGACUGGGGGGUCUUUGGAGAUCCAUGGGGCCAAGAAGCUGUCGUGGACGUUCCUCAACAAAACCCUUCACCCUGGAGAGAGCAAGCAAAACAAGUACUCGUUUGAGAGGAGUUGGGGGAACCGAGGCAUGAUCGUCCACGUCAUUGACCCCAAGAAUGGAGAGGUCUUGAGAGAUGACAGGUUUGACACAUAUCGCAGCAAGGAGGAGAGUCAUCGGCUCGCAAAAUAUGUCGACAAUGUGGAGGCGGGCCUCAUAGUCGCCAUGGUGGUCAGUGAUGAGGCCUCCAACAACUUGGAAGACUCGGCCAAAAAGAUUAUCACCAAACUUGGCAGCCAGCACAUCGGAACUUUAGGAUUUAGACAUCCAUGGUCUUUGAUAGUGGUGAAAGGAAACCUCUCUUCUGCUGUAGAAGAUCACGCUGUCUAUCAAGGGACAAAAGCCUCCUCAGAAGCCAGAAGCUCUAGUCUUUUUCAACUGAGCUAUGCGGAGCAUUUCACCGUAACGGCCAGCAGCCAGUGGAUGCAAGAGGCUGAGUGGACAGAAUGGUUUGACAGGGAUGAUGAGAGGGGAUCCGGCGACUGGGAGAAGCUAACAGAUCUGCGUCAGGCCUAUCCCGAUCGCCUGUGUAACAGUCCGCUGGACAUUCAGGCCGAAACCCACGAUGGCAUCCCGUCAGACCAGACAGGGGAUGUGAUCCACAAAAAUGAUAAGGAUUAUGGCUUUGUCUGCCGCAAUAAGGACCAAGGCCAUGGCCUGUGUCGCAACUACAGAGUCCGCUUCCUGUGUGGGAAACUGGUUCGUCCUCAGGCGUCCAUCUCCAUUGACCUGUUGUCCAACAGCACCAUUUUGGAGCUUGCUGACCGGCCAGUGGGAUGGCAACCUAGAGAUCAGGUGGUGGUGGCCAGUACUGACUACAGCAUGCACCAGACGGAAGAGUUUCACCUCCUGCCGUGCCCUGCUUGCAAACCCAACCAAGUUAAAGUUCAAGGCAAAGCUGUGUUUAUCCACAUGGGUGAAGAGGUGGAUGGCGUGGACAUGAGAGCGGAGGUUGGCCUCUUAAGUCGUAACAUCCUACUCCGUGGUGAAAUGGAGCCCAGCUGUUACGGCAACGAAGCCUGCAAGUUCUUUGACUUUGACACUUUUGGAGGGCAUAUAAAGGUAGAGCGAGGUUUCAAGGCCGCUCAUAUAUCGGGCGUGGAGCUGCAGCACAUGGGUCAACAGACCAUGGGACACUACCCCGUCCACUUCCAUAUGAACGGCGACGUGGAUGAGAGGGGAGGCUACAACCCCCCCACCUCUGUCAGUGAUCUGUCUAUCCACCACUCGUUCUCUCGUUGUGUCACCAUCCAUGGCUCCAAUGGACUUCUGGUCAAAGACGUGGUGGGCUACGACGCGCUCGGCCAUUGUUUCUUCACAGAGGACGGUCCAGAGGAAAGAAACACAUUCAAUCACUGUCUGGGCCUCAUGGUCCGAGCAGGAACUCUCCUGCCUUCAGACAGAGACAGUAAAAUGUGCCGUGACAUCACUGACGGAGCCUACCCAGGAUACGUAGCCAACCCUCGACAAGACUGCAGCGCAACUUCAACUUUCUGGAUUGCCAACCCCAAUAACAACCUCAUCAACUGUGCUGCUGCAGGCUCGGAGGAAACUGGUUUCUGGUUUAUCUUCCACCAUGUGCCCACUGGACCCUCGGAGGGUUUAUACUUGCCUGGGAAAACAGAACACACACCUAUGGGUCAGUUCAGCAACAACAGAGCCCAUUCCAACUACCGGGCUGGAUUUAUCCUGGAUAAUGGAGUCAAGACCACUCAGGCCAAUGACAAGGACAAGAGACCCUUCCUGUCGCUGAUCGGAUCCAGGUAUGGCCCCCACCAGGAUGCUGACCCUUUCAAACCCAGGGUUCCUGCUCUCAUUCACCAUUUUGUAGCCUACAAGAACCAGGAUCACGGUGCGUGGCUGAGAGGAGGGGAUGUCUGGCUUGAUGACUGCCAAUUUGCAGAUAACGGCAUUGGCCUUACUCUGGCAAGUGGAGGGACGUUUCCAGAUGACGACGGCUCUCGUCAGCAAGUGAAGAAUUCUGUGUUUGUUGGUGAAAGUGACAAUCACGGGAUGCCGCUCCCUGACAACAGCAUCUGGGGCCCAGGCGGUGCCGACCCCACUGGCAGAACCCUCCCGCGGGGCAUUGAUUUCCCAAUCCGGGGCAUGCAGAUCUACGAUGGACCCAUCAACGUGCAAAACUGUACGUUUCGUAAAUACACUGCUCUGGAGGGACGGCACAGUAGUGCUUUUGGUUUUCGGCUCAACAACUCAUGGCAGAGCUGCCCCAACAACAAUGUGACAGACAUCACCUUCGACCAUGUACCUAUCACGUCCCGUGUGUUUUUUGGGGAGCCCGGCCCGUGGUUUAAUAAGAUGCAGAUGGAUGGGGACAAGACCACAAUUUUCCACGAUAUUGACGGCUCAGUUAGUGAGUAUCCGGGCGCUUACUUGGUUAAGGAUGACAACUGGCUGGUCCGCCACCCCGACUGCAUCGAUGUGCCUGAUUGGAGGGCUGCCAUCUGCAGUGGCCACUACGCACAGAUCUACAUCCAGACACGUAACCCUGCCAACCUGAACAUGCACAUUGUGAGAGACGAGUACCCUGAUCGACCUCUGACACUAGAGGGCGCUCUGGGGAAGAGGAAGCACUACCAGCAGUUCCAGCCGGUGAUCACCUUGGCAAAAGGCUACACCAUCCACUGGGACCAAGCUGCACCUGCUGAGGUCACCGUCUGGCUCAUUAACUUCAACAAAAAAGACUGGAUCAGUGUGGGCAUCUGCUACCCACAAGGCACUACUUUUGUCAUCAUCUCAGACAUCCACAAUCGUCUGACCAAACAGACCCGCAAGACAGGAGUUUUCAUGAGGACCACGCAGAGGGAGAAGAUCAACCACUCACACCUGACCAGAGGCUACUACUACUGGGAGGAAGAUACAGGGCUGCUCUUCCUGAAGGUGCAGGCUCAUAACGACAGGGAGCAGUUUGCCUUCUGCUCCCUCAAAGGAUGCGAGAGGGUGAAGAUCACAGCCGUCAUCCCGAAAGGAAGUCCAGCCAGCAACUGCAUGGCUCGAGCCUAUCCAAGAUACGCUGAGCUGCCUGUGGUGGACGUCCCCAUGCCCAGAAAGAUUCCCAAUGAAAGUCUGCACUCACCAGAGCACUUAUUGGAGGUUAAAAUGGAGUCCUAUAAUACUCGCUUCUACCACAUCAAGGAGGACUUUGCCUUUACUGAGGUCAACGGGAGGAAGUUGUACCAAGCAGAAGAGGGCGUACAGCUGACGGUCAUCGACGGACGUGAUGGGAAGGUGGUCGAGAGCAAAGCAUUCAGGAACGCAAUCCUUCAGGGUGUCCCUGCCCAAAUAGACAACUACAUCAGUGGACUAAGAGAUGGUUCGAUUGUUCUCAUGACGUCCAAAGGUCGUCUGGUGACGAGAGGACCGUGGACCAGAGCACUGGAGCGACUUGGAGCCGACACAAACGUCAAACUGAAAGAUAAGGUGACCUUUGUUGGGUUCAAGGGCUCCUUUCGCCCUGACUGGGUUCGACUGGAAGUGGACCCCAACAGAGCCAGGAUCCACCAGGUCCUUCCCAUCCCUGUGGUCCACAAGAUGAAGCUAUGAGUGACUAUGUGACUGCAAAGAGACUACACGGGCCUUGUAUACCCAUAAAACAAAAAAUACACACACAUAUAAUACACUCACAUAGUCAGCAGACUCGGCUGCUUCAAGCCACGGUUCCAAGACCAAGUGGUGUGUUUUGUGUUUGGAUGUGUUGGGAAUGAGAAGCAGUGUCCACAGUGAUUCUGCAGUCGUGUCAAAAUCAGGACACUCCAUUCUGUUCUGUUUUCACGUGACUGUAAAUGACAUUUGUGGCGCCCCCUAUGGGUUGUGUUGAAAAUGCUUUGCAAGACAUGUUAGCAUACAUGUAAUACAGAUAGCCUCAAAGUUUUAUCAUCUUUAGACAAACGCUCAACGGACAAAUAGUUGUUCAGUGCUUCUUCAAAGAUGUUUUGUUUGAUGGCGGCCAUGUUUUUCAACCAAUGUUGCUCAAAUUUGACACACGCGCUUGUUAGCCCCCUGAAGGUGUGUACCAAAUUUCAUGAUAAUUUAGCAAAGUUACAGUGGUUGGCUUUGUAGAGCGCAUCGGGCUGUGUGAGAAACUUCAGUUGAAAGGGUUAAACUUUGGGGUUUAAUCACCGCACCUCCAUGUGAUUUGUUUGUCCGAAAAAUAAUAGCACAGGCAAUACAAAUGCUUGACAAAUUUUCAUCCGUUUGUGUGCAUCGGUUCAAGAGUAGAAGAGUUACACCGUGGGGUGUCCUCAUAUUAUAGGUGGAACUGGACAAUGUACCCUCUCGCUCCUACUGCAGCGAAUAGACUCUAGAGCAGGGGUGUCCAAAGUGCAGCCCGCGGGCCAUUUGCAGCCCACUGCUUUUUUUUUCACUGGAAAGAAAACAAAAAAAACUAAAUAAAAAAUUUAAAAAUCAGCAGUAAUUUUACAAGAAUGAUUGUUAUUGUAAUGUAACGAGAAAAAGUUGUAAUUUUAUGAUAAUGACAUCAUCAUUUUAUGAGGAAAACUAACGUCAUUUUAGUAGCAAAAAGUCGAAGUAUUACAGAAAAAAAUUAAGUCGUAAUAUUAUGGAAAAGAGACAAAACAACGAAUAAAGUUGUAAUUUUUGGAAAAUUAGGUUACGGAAAAAGGUACAAUGAUACGAGAAUAAAGUCGAAAUAUUAUAGGAAUAAAGUUAUAAUUAUGACAAAUAAAAUGUACAAGAAAAAGUUGAAAUAGUUGUAAAAUAAAAAAAACAACAGUAGAAAUGGAGAAAAAACAGCUGUAAUUUUAUGAGAAUAAAGUCAAAAUAUUAAGAGAAAAAUUUUGUAUGUUUGACAAGAAAUUCUGAAUUUUACGAGAAUAAACGGGUUUUAUUAUGAGGAAAAAUAAUGUCAUUUUAGUAGCGUAGAGUUCAAAUAAUAAAGAAAAUAUAUGGUAUUUUUAAAAAAUCAUAUAUGAGAAACACGCAAAACAAAAUAAAGUAAUCAUUUUUGGAAAAUUAGCUUGGGGAAAAAGUUAUAAUAUGGGACUAAAGUCUAAAUAUUAUUGGAAUGAAGUCAUAAUUUUGUUGAGAAGAACAUUUAUGAAGAUUAUUAAUACAGUUAAAAUAGUUGGAAAAAUUUAACAACAGCAUAAAUUGGGAAAAAGAGCAAAAUUCAUACUAAUAAUACACUUUUUCAGCUACAUCACACAGCUGGGAUGCAGUUUUUUUCUUGAAAUACAGUAUCUUUACAAAACAUCGAAGUGGCUCUUGCAUGUGGAAAAAAUUGGACACCCCUGCUUUAGAGUGUAUAUGAUGUUAGCUUUGUACUGCGUCAUGCGUUUAUUCUCACAUGAGCUAAACCAGUCACCAGGCUCAUGAAAUACCCUGUAAUACUUUGUCCUUCCAAGGGACUUUGGCCCCUCUGGUUAUGACCAUUUCCCAUCCUUUUCUGGCCAAUCGCAUUCUGAAACCCCCUCCAAAAAUGGUCAUUUCUGUUCAAUGUCUUGAGUUACGUGAAAAGGUAGAUGUACAAAGCUUGAGCUUGAGAGGCUCGGCUUGUGUCUACACAGAUAUUUGAACUAGCCAGUGCUAGCUCCAAUGAGUUUGGGCUGCGUAUUUCAUCUUGUUGUAGACGAAACAUCUGUAAUAUUAGCUUAUGCACGUGUGCGUUAUCAUUUAAAAGCAAUUUUGCAGGUCUUGUUUGUCGGUUUUUGGUGUUGUGUAUGCAACUAUCGCAACUCUGCAGUGGAAUUUUUAUGAUGUCAGCCACAAUCUGUGAUGCAAUUGUAAAGAAAGACAUAGCUCGGAACCUUACAUACUUUAAGUAGAGUGUAGUAUUGAAGUAUUUGAUCCCCCGCUCGUUUUGUACAUUGACCCCCUUACAAAGAUAUGAUAUGAUUUAUUUUAACAGAGACAGAAUGUAAAAAAUACAUAAAAUAAAGGUUAUAAAUGAAUUUGUAUUUGAAUAAGGGACCGUAUGGGAACGCCUGAUUGUUAAUACAGUAGGUCCCGCUAAUGGUGGAAAAAGAGUACUGUAAAUUCCGGACUAUUGAGCGCACCUGAAUAUGAGCUGCACCCAUCAAAUUUAAAGUGAUUUUUUUUUUUUUUUUUUUUUUUACAUACGAGGUGUGCCAUAUAAGCUCCAGGACUGUUCAUAUUGAUCACAUUCUUCCAUGUGAAGGCAGCAUUUGCGUCUUUCAAUGCAUGAGAAGAGGUUAGAGUUGCAGCAGGACAACUUGUGGCUGCUCACAGUGCCUUGAGUAUUCAACAGUUCCUGCCUGAGAAGAACAUCACCGUGCUGGAGAAACCUCCCCACUCAUCCAUCCUGCCUCUGUGUGAUUUUUUUUUCCUCUUUGCCAAGCUCAAGAUGGUCAUCAAGGGGACCACUUUCCAAGACGUGGAUGACAUCAAGAUGGCCUUGACGACAAAGCCGUGAAGGAUCCUGGAAGAAUCCUUCCAGGAGUGCAUGCAGGUGUUGCAGAGAAGGCUGGCAAAGUGCAUCAGACUCCAGGGGGGUUACUUUGAAAGGGAAAACUUUUAGUUUAUAGCUUGGAUUUGAAAUAUAUAUUUUGUGCAACAGUCCUGGAACUUUUCUGACACACCUUGUAUAUGGGCCACACUUGCCUGUAAGCUGCAGGUGUCCAUAUUGUAACAUGAGAUAUUUACACAGAAAGGCACACUAUAAACCUUGCAGUCCUACCUACACUCGGUGUUCCCAGCAUCAUUAAUUAUCUCCAAUGAGUGAGACACUUUUUUUCAUUGGAGUUGAACAACUACCGCAGUCCAAGCAGAAGCCGUAGUAAUUCUACCCUCGAUCAAACGUACUUAAGAUUUGUCAGCUCAAAACACAAUCACUCCAUAUGUACUUCAAAACAUGUGAUAUUAGUGUCCACUUCACUACUCACUACUUCCUGAGUCUGUACUUUAAGCACCAUGGAAACUGUAGUUCUUUUAGCCAUAAAUUAGCAGCAUCAUUGUUUAAGCAUGGGAAAAAAAGGAGCGGCUUAUCGGACUACACGGUAAUUAAGACGGCCAUAAAAAUUAAUCUAUUAUGACACUCUUAACACAAACCAACAAGUUGUCAUCAAACACCUCCCUCGCUCACGGUGCAACCAAAAAUAACACAGCACAUGUGGAACACACAGUAUACCUGCACCACAGGGACUAUGUGGGUAUCGAAAUAAAUGCUUACACACUAAUAUGUGUGUCAUAUGAAUUUAUAAUAUGCAAGGCAUGCUAGGUAACUUCCUGUUGGGGAAGUGUAUAUAAAAAAAAGUAUUGUUUUGUAUUUAUAUUAGUGCGUAAGCUCAUGAGGUACAGUUACAUUGUGUGUUCCACCUGUCUUACAUGUUGCGUUGUUUUUGGUUGCACCGUGAGUGAGAUAGUCAUUUGGGUUAGGGUUAAGUUUACCAAUUUAGGGUAAAUGAGAUGGUUUUCUACCAAUAAACAGCCUAACUAUGGCGAUUAUAAGCACAAUAUGGCAGGUUUUCCCACAAAUAAAAAAAUAUUUUGCUAAAAAAUCGGCAAAUAUCGCUGGUGAAUCAUGAAUAUUCGGGGAUCUACUGUACAUGUACGGUGACACCCCUACCUCAGGUGCUUAACCAAAGUGAGAAAAGCAAGAAAUGGCAUUCCAUGUUUGCACCUGUUCCAGUUUUACAACAUUUGGAAAGUUUCCGCCCCUGAUAUCGUCAUUGUCCCGAUUCAGUGUUUGCGAUCCAAUUUUAACCAGCAAGAAUCCCGGAACAAAACGAUCCUCUAACUGUCAAAUGUUUUUACAAGCAUCACAUCCGCUACAGAAAUGUUCAUUUUCUUUGCCGAAAUAGCUGGUCUUUUUUCGGAGGGUGUAGCAGUAUUUUAGUGUUUUGUAUGUAUGAUGUGUUUUUAAAAGUCAGCAGAGAAGAGCUAUAUUUUAUACUUAUUUAUUGUACAGACACCACCCAUCUCCAUGCGCAAGGGACAUCAUCUGAGUUGUACGGUUGUCACUGUGCUGUGUGUAUACUUUAUGUAAGAUGUGAUACACCGUUUCACCCUCCUGCUAACGUGUAUACAGUUGUGCUCAGAAGUUUGCAUACAGUCAUCAUGGGCAUGAAUGUCACACUGCUUUGGGGCUUUUCAUGAUUUAGUUGAAUCCAUCUUUUUCCAGGCUGGAAUGAUCAGGCGUCCAUCUUCAGUGAUUUUUGAAAAACUGAAAAAGAGUGGGUGCACAAGCUAGCACACAACUAAUAAGAACUUGGCUAAAUGUCCCAUAGCGAGUCUGACCUCCUCCAGACGCUAUUAGUAGCCAUCAACCAGUGACGUGCAGUCAUGGCCCGUUGUGAUGCAACAAAAAAGCGAUAUUGAAUACACACAAAUGUAUGAUUCCAAUGGUUGUCAAGUAAAAAUUUUCUUAAGUAAAAAUGGCUGAAGAGCGGAAACCUAAGAUGAGGCUACCACCGAGUGUCUCUUCUCAGCUUAGUGCAUAAACCCUGUAUACCCUCUGAGUGCACUCAGUGAGUGCACUGAGUUGGAUCAUGGUGUCUGCCAGUUAGUGUUUGCCAAAAUGUCUUUAAUGUAAGUGUGACAUCAUUAUUCUUGCUAAUCUUACAGUAAAACACACAGAAAUAUCAUACAUCAACUCGCUUCAUCCUGAAGGCUUGGGGACGUGCUUGAGCUGUGCUUGUCACUGCCGUCCUUCCAUGCAGAGGAAAAUCUAGCAAGUCCAGAGCAGCAAGUCAAAUUAAAUAUAUGCAUGCUUUGCUGAAUGAAUGAAUGAAUUCAUGAAUUUGACUGCCAAGAUGACGGAUUAUAUACUGCUCAAAAAAAUAAAUAAAAAUAAUAAACUCUUAAUGAAUCACAAUGUCAAUCACACACUUCUCUGAAAUCAAACCGUCCACUUAGGAGGCAACAAAGAUUGGCAAUCAAUUUCACAAAUGGAAUAGACAACAGGUGGACAGCAAGACACCCUUCCAGCCAUCCAUCUUCUCUGCCGCUUCUGUCUUCUAUGCUGGAGCCUAUCCCAGCUGACUUCGGGCGAGAGGCGGGGUACACCCUGGACUGGUCGCCAGGCAAUGGCAGGGUACAUGUAGACAAACAAGUGAGCAGUGUAUAUCCAAGCUCACCAGAAAGUGCUCAGACUUUUACAACAAAGUAUGAGAACUUUUCCUGGAGAAAGAUAGGGUAAGGACACAAAUAUUUUCAGCUUCUGAAACAAUAAUAAAUGGGACUAAGACAUAUUCGAAAACCUUUUUUAAGCAAAGUGAAUUAUCUUCUUUUUUGUUAUCUUCAAAGAGCAACUUGUAUGAACAUUAAAAAAUCUCCAAAGGAGUCUGCAUGAACCUCACCGCACGUCAUCUUCUGACCUGUCUGGGUAUUUGACCACUCUUCUUGGCAAAGUGGGUAGAGCUCAUUUAAGUUAGUUUGGUUUCUGGCAUCGUCCUCAAAUAUUGUGUAAGGUCAGGGCUUUUAGGAAGACCAUUCCAGAAGCUUAAUUAGAGCUUAAUUUGUUUGGAUCGUUGUCCUACUGGAAGACCCAAUUGUGUCCGAGCUUUAAAUGUCUAGUUGUUGAUUUGAGGUGAAGUUGAGGAAUUUAGAGGUAGUCCUGCUUCUUCAUGAUUGCAUCUACUUUGUAGAGUCUACCAGUGCCAGGCAGCAAAACAUCUCCAGACCAUGAUGUUGGUACCACCAUGAUGGACAGUUGCUACAGUCUUCUUAGCUUUGAAAGCCUCGCCUUGAAUCCAUAUUUUCUGUCAUUGUGGACAAAUAACUCAAUCUUUGCCUCAUCUAACCAUUGUAGUUCUGUCCAGAAGACAUUUGAACAACUGCAAAUUUCAGUCUUGCUCAAAAGUGGGAAUUUUGGAGCAGAGUCUUCUUUCUUGGUCGGCGUCCUCUCAGUCCAAUGUGAUGUAAAAAUCUUCCAGCAGUUUAAAUUUCAUGGCAGGAUUGAGUCUCGGUGGUUCCUGAACAUCCUAACCAGGUUCCUUUCAUCUGAGGGUGACACACCUAAAAAUAACUUGUACUUACAUACAAUUUGAACUGAUGCUCUUGGACUCUGUAGUUGAGAAAUGUCUCUAAACGACGUUCCCAACUUAAAGCUACAGUUCUCCUUCUUUACUGAUUUCCUUGGACUUUCUCGUUGGUCAAAUGAGUGGUGUGCUUUUAUGCCACCAAGGAGAAACUACCAUCUAUAUCUCAUCACUAAUGAUGAGAUAAAAGGCCUUUUUUAAGUGAAAAGACAUUCUGGACUCUUCAUUUGCACUUAUUUUUAGAUCUGCAGUGGCACUUAGUGAUUCAACCCUCAUUGAGAAUUCUGCUUAAAUAUAAAGCGGAUGGAAUGGAUGCACUAAACCAAGGGUGUCCAAACUUUUUCACUGAGGGCCCCAUACUGAAAAGUCAAAGGAUGCAGUGGCAACUUUUUCAUUUUCUAAACCAACCCAUGUAGAUAAGCAGAGACGUUUUUUAUGUUGUGUUGUCAGUAACAAAGUGGUUUACUAGUAUGAACUUUUAUAUUACAAUUUACGUUUUUUUUUUUACAAAUAUUGCAACUUUCUUCUCCUAAAUUUUUUCUUGUGAUAUGUUUUUAUUGUCAUAAUAUUUUGACUUGUUUGUUUGUCAUAUUGCAACGUCUUUCUUGUAAAAUUACUGCUUUUUUCCAUUUUUUUAAAUUUUCUUCUAUAAUUUUAUUUUUAGAAUUUGCUAAGGGCCACGCUGACUGGGUUCGAAAUAUACCAAACAAUAUCAAUUUGAUUAGUUCAAAACAUAUAAUAUCACAACAAACCAUCACCUUUUAUUUCGAUUUCCAUCUAUUCGAAGUGCAUUUACAAAACAAACGUACUUUACAACGCAUAUAUGAGUCGCUAUGUAUUAUUUUGAUUGUGUGUACAUCACUGAAGAUCAUAGAUCAUCGUUGAAGAUGCAUGAUGUGUCAUCAUUCCGCCCUAUCAAAAGAAGGGUUCAAAUAUGAACAUAUGUCAUCUGACAUCCAUGCCCAUGACGACUCGUUAAGAGUUAACAAAAUGGAUGUGUUGUAUAUGUGAGUUUUGUCAGUUGAUAAACAUGUUUGUCUUUGGAGACUUUUGUACAGAAAUAAAUCAUGCUGAACAGAGUUUGGUGCCUGCUUGUUGACAGCCUCUGGGACAAAGAAGCAACAUUCAAUAUUGUUUCAAACAUAUAUUUACAUUUUUCUUGGACUCUUUUCCAUUUUUAGGAAGCAUUUGACUUAAUUGAUUUGCUCUAUCUUUUUGCUUUUCGAGGUGUAUUGAAAUGUUCUUCCUUAGGAGGAGUUGCACAAUGUUAAAAAUGCCAAAUAAUAGUGGGCUUUCCGGUGAUUACUGUUAUUUUCCACUUCUUGACUUUUAUUUUGUAGUUGAUGUCUCCCAUUUGUUCUGCCGUGUUUCCUCUCCAGAUGCUCAGAUGUCCGGUGAGAGACGGAGCAAUGAUGCACACCUGCGCUUGCUCAAAGCUUAUUUUUUGCCAUAAAGCUCAUUUUGAAGUGCCCAUGACGCCAAAAAUAUAUAUAACAAAAUGAAAGUACUCACAUUGUUGUCAUACUGUUGUCCUAGAUACAGUAAAUAUACAACUAUGACGUAGUAGUGUGAAAUGAAGUGGUGAUUUGGACAUGGCAAGUUUUCUGAACCGAGGCCAUCUUGGCUGUGAUGUCACGACCAGAACAUGUUCCAGUAGCCAUAUUCAAACACACGCAGCCAUGAACUCACAGAAAAGCCAGGAAAGUGACAUGUUCACAACAAUAACACAAUAACAACAUUCACUGAUAUUGUGUUGCGAUUAACUAUGAUAUAACACACAAAAAAAUGGCCACAAGUAUGCUUUAGUAAGUGUCACUGACAGCUCUAUGCACACUGCAAAGUACAAGACCAGUGAGUGCUUAUUUAGCCCUGGAAUGAAACCCCAUACUAUUAUACUAAGAUUCCUAGACUGGGUUUAGUCAAAAAAUAUGGAUUUUCUUUCUGAAACUGACAGAAACUGACAAGAUAGGCUUGAAAGACGAGUGACAACAAUCCAUGUUUGCUGGGAAUUUACGUCACAAACACUUACAGGUGACACUGGCAACUAAGUGCAAAGAAGCACAGCCAUGAACACACGCGAAUAAAGUGACAUAUUCACAAUGAUAAUAACGUUCACUAAUAUUGUGUUGUGAGUAGUAUAUGUUUUACUGGCAGUGAUAGCUACAACAGAUAGCACAUUAAUCACAUAGCUGGCGCGUCCGUUAGGAAUUUAAACUGCAUGAGGCUGGCUACUAUGGAGCAUAUUAGCAGGAGAAAUGUGAAUUGACUUACUGUCAUUUAGCACGUGUUUCCGCUUGAGAACGUGUUGCGGGUUUUUGACGUCUCAUUUCCAUUCGAGGGACAGCACGGAAACAUUUGUCCCACGAAGUUUGCCGAUCAUCUGACGAGGCGAAUGGUGUCGUUUACAAAUGUGAACAAUCAUAUUCCGUCUCCUCGAGUGUUCCAGCAAAAGCCUUCAACACAACAAGCGGGCAUAAUAUUCAAAAAUACAUAACAAACAACAGAACUGGAGCAUAAUAACAGCGAAUGCAGUGUAGUAAACGGGAUACUCCGGGUGGGACUUGUAAACACACCUCACCGGAUUCCAAUCUGGAAUAACAAAUUGAUUUUACACAGAAAUAGAUGAUUACGUAAUGAAGACUGGAUGAAGAACAUAUGGUCUGUUAGAGAUGUUAUGAACAACAACAAUUCUCUCAGAAAUGUCACUUCCAUCACCUGUAUCCAAAUUUAAACUUUUUCUCAAAGCCUUACAAAAACCCUUUUUAUUUUUGGUUAGAAACAUCAUCACCGUGCAUCUCGAACAUCACUUCCACAACCUAUUAUUCACGGUCUGUCAUUAGCUCACAAAAAAUGCACCAAUUAUUUGAUCCGAUUAGCUUUAGCAGCAUACCUCCAUCCAGGGAAACGAAACAAUGAUAAUACAAAUGAGACAAUCUUAAAAAUAUGUACGUGUAUUUUUGUCUCCGACUGCCACCAAAAGUAAAAGAAAUUCAUUUUAAGACCAUAAAUAACGUUUAGCCAUCUUUAAAAGUUUUUUUAACACAGAGGACGAUGUAUGUACAUUUUGUUGUGGUGAAAUAGAACCUUCCAGGGCAUGUGUUCUUCUCAUGUGUGAAAGCUGUAUCUCUUUGGAUUGAUGUUUAUCCACGGCUAAAACCACUUUUUCCUUCACCUACAAAGGACUUCUGUUGCGAUUCUUUCAAACAAAAAACAAGGACUGUCAUGUUAUACAAUAUGAUGUCGAACAAAAUUCGACAUCCAUAAAUCCAAAUACUUAAAAACCCCACCAAACGUAAUUGUUUUUAAAUCAACUUUAAAUUGUAUCUGAACCUUAUUUUUAGUGUUACCACCUGAAUUAUUUUUAUUUUUUAUUUUCCUUUAUCUUUGUAAUUUGGCUGCUCCGAUGUUGAUAUGUUUUGUACUUCAUUGCACUGCAUUGUACUGCCACUUUGUUUGUUAAUGAAGUUGUGGUUCAAAAAAACCCCAAAACCUCCGGGUGGGACGAUCUGGUGUGGACAUCACUUGCUCCGCCUCCUCCAGACGCAGAAGAAGUGAUGAAAAUGUUUUAAAACGAUAAAUAUUUCACGCAUCAAACACAGGAAAUAUGCCCUUCAGUGUUAUUUUUCAUGGCGUAAAUAACAAGAUGAACAUGUUGGUUGGUGUCAUGAGCACUUUGAAGCCAUUUAACAGUGUAAUGCUUGAAUAGGGUGUCAAAUAAAUAAAUCAUGGGUGUUCAAGCUUUUUCCGGCCAGGGGCCACAUACUGAAAAAUGAAAGGAUGCAAAGGCCUUUGCUGUUUACUUUUUUUUUCUUAAAUAUAUUUAAACUUUCUUCUUAAAUAAUCUUUGUAAAUUAUCUAUUUGUUAUGUUAUGGCUUUAUUCUCAUAAUAUUAUGGCUUUAUUCCCAAAAUAUUAGAACUUUUUU